CUAAUACAUCAAUAUCUAGCACGCUAUUAUUGCUUCUUUUGUACAACCUAGGUAAUCAGGAUGGCGACUGAAGAGUCAAUUGUUGUCACCAAAGAAGAAGUUCAUAGUUUUGUCAUCCGUUCUAUGGAAGCUGUUGGCCUUAAACUGAAACAUGGAACAGUUCUUGCUGAUCUUAUUGUAUCCGCUGAAUGUAGAGGACACGCCAGCCACGGAUUAAACAAACUAGAACAAUACAUGAAUGAAAUAAAAUCCGGAAUGACAUCAACAGAAGAUCUAGAACCUAGUGUACUGAAAGAAACAUCGGCUACUGCUUUGGUAGACGGUAAUAAUUUAAUAGGGCCUUAUGUAGCUAGAUUCUGUAUGGACUUGGCAAUACAAAAAGCAAAAUCAGCCGGUAUAGGUAUUGUCUCAUGUCGAGGUUCUAACCAUUUUGGCACAGCUGGGUGGUACAGUUUACGCGCAAUAGAACAAGGAUUGAUAGGAAUGACAUAUACUAACACCUCUCCGAUGCUGGUCCCAACACGAGCUAAGUCAAAAGUAUUAGGUACAAAUCCCUUAAGCCUUGGUGCACCAGCAAAAAAUGGUGACAGUUUUGUCCUAGAUAUGGCUACUUCAGCAGUAGCAAUGGGAAAGUGUGAACUAAAAGGUAGACGAGGUCAACCACUUCCUACAGGCUGGGCAGUUGAUGUAAAUGGACAUGAAACAUACCAAUUCAAAACAAUGGCAGGGUUAUCUCCACUAGGUGGUACUGAAGAGAGCAGUGGAUACAAAGGUUAUGGCUUAGCUAUGAUGGUAGAAGUGUUAUGUGGGGUCCUCAGCGGUGGUGCAUUUGGGCUAACUCACAGACCUGCAAGGACACAUGACAAACCAGCAGACUAUGGUCAGUGUUUUAUAGCAAUCGAUCCAGACAAUUUUGCUGAAGGAUUCACGGAAAGAAUGCAGUCAUUAAUAGAUAGUUGCAGAAACCAGGAACCGGCAGACCAAGAUCCUGUUUUGGUAGCUGGUGACCCAGAACGACACCAUCAAGCUUUGUGUGACAAGUUAGGAGGCAUACCGUAUCACCCAGCUCAAAUUAGAAUAAGUAAUGAUCUUGCAAAGAGAUACAAAGUGACACCAAUGAAAACAUUGUGAUGACGGACUUUGUUUAUUGUUAUACUGCACAAAACUAAUGAUUAUUGUUGGUCCUGACAGUGAUACAGACAAUGAGUAUUGAAGGCUAUUUGGACUCUGUUUUUUAAAAAUUGCAGAGCACUUGGACCUGAUGAGGAUGAAAAAUAUUUCAACUCUUGACUUACAGUAACAUUUAUUCCAGUGUAGUUUUGGGAGUCUUUAUUAAUAUUCUCUUCCAUCUUACUGCUGUUUCAAAAAUGUUAGACCCUUUUGUGCUAUCAUCCAGUAUCAGACCAGGCAGAUAUUGUUAUUUAGGACAGUCACCAUCUUAUAUAAUACCAAAAAUACACAUGUAUUGGCCCUUUUGUUUGUUUCAUUAAAAUAUGUAUUAAUAAAA